AUGAAGUCAAAAAGUAAGCUGAAAGUUUAUGUAAAACCAAGAAUUGUAUCAGUGGGAGUCAAUCCAAUGAGUUCUGUAGGAUUUCCUAAAUCCUAUUCAACUGAAGAUGCACUUGAAAAGCUGAAAAUCCUUGCAAAACGAUAUCCACCUCAAUCCAAAGUUGUAGAAGUGUCUUUCUCAAUUAUUGGAAGAGUUUUGGCAGAUGACGUGGAGGCAAUCGAGGAUAUUCCAGCUUUCAGGAAGUCUCUUGUUGAUGGAUUUGCUAUAAUAUAUAAUCAAUCUGGAACCAAGAGAAAAAUCGUUGGAGAAUCCACUGCUGAAAAGCCCUACGACGCAAUGAUACAGCUUGGAGAAUGCGUCAGAAUCACAAACGGAGGAGUGGUGCCUGAUGGAGCGGAUACUGUAGUUCCGUUUGAAAAUGUGACUUUAAAUGAUGAGGAGAAAUGUAUUCAAAUAAAUGUGAAACAUAGCCGAGGAGAAUAUAUAAGAGAACGAGGAUCAGAAGCAAAAGAGGGGCAAGUAUUGAUAAAAAAUGGAAGCAAACUCGGAUCGUUGGAAGUCAAUUUGCUUUGUGCACUAGGAAUCUCACAAGUGGAAGUCUAUAAGAAUCCACGUGUCUGCAUUAUGUCGGCUCUGAAUGCUGCAACCAAUCAGAAACAAACGCAUGAGCAUUCAAAUCGUUCUCGGCUUUUGAGGAUAUUUCAAAUCCAAGGUUUCAAGCCAAUAGAUGCUGGAGAAUCUUCAAUGAAACCUAAGAAAAUGGAAAAGAAUCUUCAAAUAGCUGCAGAUUUUGCUUGUGUGAUUGUGAUUAUUGGAGAUAUAAACAAAAUCCAGAAAGUAAUUCAAAAGAUGAAUUUGAAGAUCUAUAUCGACGGAAUCGUACCAGAUAACUUUGUAUUUGGUCAUGGAAGCAUUGAUAGAAAACCUGUAUUCCUAUGUGUCUUGCCUCAACAUCUAACACCGGCUUGGGUUGGAGCAAACGUCUUUAUCUUCCCAUUGAUGAGAACAUUGGGAGGACAGGGAUUUGAUUCUAACUACCGAUUGGAAGGAAAUUUGACAACGACAGUAGAAGAAUCACCUCGAAAAUUGGAAUUCUAUUCAAUACGAACCGAAUUGUCAAAUGGUGUUUCUAAGCAGGAAUCUGAAGCGAACCAACGUGCCAACUCUCUUUUGAAAACCUCAGAAAAUGCGACAUACUCUUCUGGAGACACCGUCGCUAUCGUUCUGACAGAUUUUACAUAA